AUGGGACAGCAGACAUCACGAAAGAGUGGAGAGUGCACUUGUGGGUGUGGAGCGUGGGAGAGGCGCCGGUACACAGAAUCGCCGAGCAGUGUACACCGGUACGUCAGCGCAGUCACCGACAGAUGGAGUGCCAGAGAGUGUGCAUGUAGGCGUAGACGUUGGCGACGUCCAGCCUGCGUUUGUACUGCAUACCGACGCGUCAGUGACGAUAGACUGGCAGCCGUCCUCACACUGGGAGCGAGGGAUCUGAGAAGAGAAUUAGAUGCCAUUGUCAUAAACACAGGUUGUGAGUCGAGCAGGGAGAUUGGGGAACAAACCGCAGAAGUGUACGUCCUUUCCGUCGCUCCUAGAAACGAGGGGGAGACAUCACAAGAGGGUAGAAGAAAUGAGUUGACACAAACGAACGAUGGCUCUAUAAGAUUACAUCCACACUUCCAGGUGGUGUGCGGUGGAGAGUUGCGUGCGCUGUUACUGCGUGCGCCCGCCUUGCCGCACGCCGCCCACGCCGCCCACUCGCCGCCCGCCAAAGUGCACACGCAGGUUGACUAUAUCCACUGUUUGGUGCCAGAUCUACAGGAGAUAACGGCCUGCUCCUUUUACUGGGGCAAGAUGGACCGGUACGAGGCCGAACGGUUGCUGGACAACAAGCCUGAAGGCACGUUCCUGCUGCGGGACUCUGCGCAGGAGGAGCACCUGUUCUCGGUGUCGUUCCGCAAGUACGGGCGCUCGCUGCACGCGCGCAUCGAGCACUACCAGCACCGCUUCAGCUUCGACUCGCACGACCCCGCCGUCUUCGCCGCGCCCACCGUCACCAGCCUCAUCGAGCACUACAAGGACCCGGCCUGUGUGAUGUUCUUCGAGCCCAUGCUGACGGCGCCGCUGCCCCGGACGGAACCUUUCUCCUUGCAGCAGCUCGCCCGUGCCGUCAUUGUUUCGCACACCAGUUACGAUGGUGUGGAACAACUACCUCUGCCCGCUCGUCUCCGGGCGUUCCUCAAGGAGUAUCACUACAGGCAGAGGGUUCGUGUGCGACGGCUGGAGCCAGAUCUGUAUGUGCCACAUCACUGCUAG